ACUUGCUCUUUGCUUGCUGUGCGAGAGAACGACGCGCCUUUGCAACUCACAUUGGUUUGCGAGUUCAGGAAAAAACAUAUCAUUUGGAUCUACGAAGCCUGAGCAGAUAAAGGGUGCCAAUUGAACAAAUAUCGCCACCCAAACUGACUCCUGUCAAUGAAGGCUAUAUUUGUAAGAGACACUUUGUAACACAAUACUGGAAAAACCAUGACAGGUCCUUGUCACGUGAUUCAACAAGGAAGUAUAAGUUAUGUAGGUCACAUGUAGCCACGAAAUUUCCCGGCGACAAUAAUCGUUAAUUAGGGAUUCAUGGCAACUGUUUCCUGAUCGGAAAGAUCAACCUCGGAUCACGGCCCUACGUUUUUCUACCAACCACGGGCAGAACGUUCUACUCGAGCAUCACGGGAAAUGUGCACAAUGGAGUCUCAGCUGUCACUGUGGCACAUGCUGUACCAACCGAUCCUUGCCGAAAGGCGAAAACUGGACUUCAAAAUUUCAGGAAGCGGGCAUCUCCUACUUGGCCUCGUGUCUCACAAACCUGAUACUGCUUCUACGCAGAAUAUGGACAUUACGAAAGUUGAACAAAACGCCAAUUGGACCCAUUUCCGGUUCAAGAAGGAAACGACCAGGGUUACCCUCUCUCGCACAAAGUCACGAGAGGUCACGUUUUCUCGCGAGCUGAAAGAUAAGACGGAAGAAAAUACCUUCCACAUUCAGGGCCAGGAUCUGUUCGUUUUCUUCGAAAUACAGUUCGGAGACAUUGUUAUUGAAAUGACAUCAGAUAACAACAAGAAAACAAUUUGUUUUGAUAAGGAAUGCGGUUCGAAUAUGAUUCUCGAACAUCAUGGGAAGCGCGCAAGUCUGAAGCAAUGUAAUCUCAGCGCACUUUGCUGCACGGAUCGAGCGCUGGCACCAGGGGAAGUAAUCGACCUUCACAUUUCUCCAAAGAUGGCGCGAGCUGGACAUAUGUCAAACUUUUCGUGUCGAACCAGAAUAGUUCCCAGCUAGAGCUCCAAAAA